CUUCCUUCGAGUCGCCGCUCGCCUCGCCGCCGCGCCGCAGAGGGCCGCCGCUGCCGCAGUUCUAUCGAUAAUUACCCCACCAUCCGCCAUGCCCCUGGACUUUUGAUGCUGCAGCUGAAGCAGGAGCCGAGUGCCACGAAGUACGGUCCGGGCCCUCCCCCUCCUGUGUCCUGCGCUUAAGGGUAGCAGACGACGUGCGAGGUUAGGGGCGGUUCUAUCCUUGUUCUAGAGAUUCAUUAUGAAGGCUUCCCUUGUUUUAACUUUGACAAUGGUCUUCCUUUUGGGAAGACCAUUUCUUGGGAAAGCUGAGGUAUAUACAGCUCUGGUGGAUAUGGAAGGACUACUAGAAACAGAAAGAGUUCUGGCACAGACCCUAUCAACGCUAAUUAAGGCGCAGGAGGAAACACUAAACAAACUCAAGAGGUUUCAAGCAGACUUGGCUCGAGAACAUGAAAAGGCCAGUCAAGAUGUUCAGACAUAUCUGUCGAACCCUAUCAAUGCAUACACUUUAGUCAAACACUUGACAACUGAUUGGAAAGGCAUAGAAAAUCUUCUAGCAGACAACAAAAUGAAAGAGUUCUACAGUAAUGUCACUAAUUAUCACUCGGUACUGAAAUUUCCAACGGAUGAGGAUCUUAAUGGAGCAGCUGUUGCUCUGAUGCGUUUGCAAGACACUUACAAACUUGACACAUCAGCAGUGGCACGAGGGCUUAUAAAUGGCAUUCAGUACAGCACUGCACUGACUGCUGGGGAUUGCUUUGAGUUGGGCCGCCAGUCCUACAAUAACAAAGACUUUUACCAUACUGUUCAAUGGAUGACAGAAGCUCUUCAACGGUUUAAUGAGGAAGCCAAUAAGACAAUCACUAAAGCAGAUAUUCUUGAAUAUUUGGCAUUCUCCACAUACAUGGAAGGCAAUGUACAUUCUGCACUUGAGAUGACCGAUGAACUUCUUACGCUGGUACCGAAUCACAGCCGUGCUAUUGGCAACAGAGUGUAUUACCUUCAGGAUAUUUCUCAAAAAGACCUCCAAAGAAAAAGAGGAGAGGAUGGACAGCUGGAUACUAGUCCACAUGCCCAACCUCUUACAUUCAGUGAGAAGAAAUUGGGCGAUGUAGAUGAACUACCAGAAAGGGAACUAUAUGAACGUCUCUGCAGAGGUGAAGUGAAGAUGUCUCCUGCUAAAGAGGCAAAACUGAAGUGCCGCUAUGUUCACCACAACAAUCCUUUUCUUUUCUUGGCACGUCUUAAAGAGGAAGAGGCCUUUUUAAGCCCACGAAUCCUUUUGUAUCACAAUAUCCUUGCAGAUAGUGAAAUUGAAACAAUUAAGCGUCUGGCACAACCAAGGCUUAAGCGAGCCACCGUUCAAAACUACAAGACUGGUGAAUUGGAAACAGCAUCAUACCGCAUCAGUAAAUCUGCUUGGCUUCGUGAAGAGGAGCAUCCCCAUAUUGCUGCAGUUGUUAAACGUGUUGAGGACUUGAGUGGUCUAACUUGUGACACUGCAGAAGAACUACAAGUAGUCAACUAUGGUAUUGGUGGCCACUAUGAGCCUCAUUUCGAUUUUGCAAGACGUGGUGAACAGAAUGCCUUUAAAUCACUGGGGACAGGCAACAGAAUUGCAACAACUUUAUUUUAUAUGAGUGAUGUCCCACAAGGAGGUGCUACAGUGUUCCCUCAUUUAAGGGCUGCAUUGUACCCCACAAAAGGAACUGCAGCCUUCUGGUUCAAUCUGCACCGAAAUGGAGAGGGUGAUUACAGAACACGGCAUGCUGCUUGUCCUGUGCUGACAGGAUCAAAAUGGGUUUCCAACAAGUGGCUCCAUGAACGAGGACAAGAGUUCAAACGUAGAUGUGGACUGACUGAGCAUGAAGACUGAAAUCAUGUAACAAAGGAAGAACAAUGUGGUUCAGGCAGCUAGCUGUCUGUGAGGAAAUGUCAGAAAAUAAUCGUAAAGAGAAAAGCAUAAUUUUGCCUGUUUUUCUUUUAGCACCUUAAACUAAUGAUCCCAAGUUUGGAGGAAAUAUUAUAGGCUAUUAAUCUGUGCCAUUUACAAGAUAUGCUGUCUGUUAUUUUAUUUUAUAAUUGAAAAAGAAUGAUGUGAAACAAUGAUUUUUUGUGUUAAUGUAGAAUAAAUUUUCUACUUUGUGACAUUGUUGCAGCUAUUGUUCUCAAUAGCUCUCCUUUAGUAUGGAUGUGUUCAGAUAAGAGUGUGUCAAGUGUCUUUUUAAGUUCCUUCAUCUUAAGUUCCUCGUUUUUAGCAUGCCGCUAAUUGGUCAGCAGCAAGCACACCUGAUUAGUGCUCUAUUCAAUUCUAGAAUUUAAGAAAUUGCCAAAAAUUUUGAGUCCUUUUUAUGUUAAGUUACCUUUAUCAAUAAGGAUUAAUUAUAUUUGCACUGAAUGUUGUACUGUACUCUUGUAAUACUAUAUACUGUACUCCUGACCUCCAGGGAAAAAGCAUCAAUUGAUGUGUUAGAUCUGGGUUAGGACUUAAGAUCAAUCAUGUAAUCCCAUGGUUUUACAAAGAUAUAUUUAUUCACAAAAAAGGGGGGGGGAACUUUUGUAACAAACAACAGUAUGCAUACAAUAAUUUACAACAUAAAGAAAUAAUAAAUUGACGUUUAUGACUAA